AUGGUUCGAUUAGUUAUACUUACAAUAUUGAUUUCUGUGGCUUCUGCAUCAAACUUCUGGGUGGACUUGUGGCAAAAUCAUUUGGCCAAAGGGAUUUUGAGGACAGGUAAAUUUCAAACCGGUGCCAUUGUCUCUCUAAAAGAUGGAGCACCAGUGGCCAAGUCGAAAGGGUUGACGCUCUCUAACACCGAGGGUCGUCAAUGGGCCACCUAUUUCACAACGGAUAACUAUUGGAAGACGCAAAAAGAUGGGAUCAAAGCCUUCGAUAAACAUUAUGAUACGAUAAAAUACGACUUUGAUCAAAAAAUCGUCGCAAUGAAUGGGGAUAAUGGGGUGAUUUUGGCGAAAAACGAUUACACUAUCAUUCUGGCCAUGUUCAACUACCUAACCACUCAAAAUGAGGCGGAAAAGCUCGUUGACGACUUUGCGGAGUACAUUCGAAAUUUGGGAUUU